AUGGAGUAUUGCGAGAUGCGUGGGCGCGGACGGAGCAGCCUGCCGAAGAGCGUGCUUGUGGCUGGGGACGAGGUCGACUCGCUCGAUGCCUCGGGCAACAGGCUCUCGCGCAAGGCGCUCACUCGCCUCGCAACCGACCUGCCUGCUCUGCGGGUGCUAAUUUUGAACGACAACAAGCUCUCAUCGAUCCCUCGGCUCGACCGCCUUACGGCUCUGCAACGAGUUGAGCUUGCCGGCAACAAGCUCGAUGCCAAAGUGUGGGACUCGCUCGCCGAGUGUGGUUCCCUCAACUCGCUCGACCUCGCCCGUAACAAGCUCAAGAGCGUGCCGGACGAUCUCCACCUUUGCCAUCCGCACCUUACCUCGCUCAGCCUUGCCGGCAAUGCGAUGCGCAAGCUGCCGCCACGGGUCUUCGCCAACGCGCACGGCCUGCUCCAUCUCGACCUCCCAUCAUCACUGAUGCGGCUUGAUGCAUCAGGUAACCGGCUCGCGACACUUCCUGAAGCCCUCUCGGGCCUGCAUGACCUUGUCUGGCUCUGCAUCUCGCACAACGAGCUGACGACACUCCCGCGGGCGGUGGCGAGCCUGGAAGCGCUCAAGCACCUCGAGGCAUCGUCCAACAACAUCUCGCGAGUCUCCAAGGCCUUUCUUACCGCCCGCGCCGACUCGGCCCUCGUCAUGCUCGAGCUCUCCGGCAAUCCUGUGGCGAGCGGAGCGCGCGGCGGUGGAGUGGCCAACACCCACGCCAGCAUCACCAAGCUCCUCGCUCAUUGCGUCCAGGCGCGGACCGCAGGCACAGUCAUCUUUGAGGAGAACCUCGCCGGAUCGUCGGAGAGCGAUGGGGCUCGCAGCCGGCGGAAGAAGCGGUCGCGUGCUCCGCUGACCGAGAUUGCAGUCAACACUCGAGCGGAGCGCGGGCGCGGGCGCAGCCGCGGGCGCGACCGCGGCCGCAAGGUCCACAACAAGAAGCCGCUCUUUGGUUCACUUAUUCGCAUCGGCGAGCUCUCAGGCUCGUCAUCGUCGGCACUCUCGGGCUCGUCGCUCUCCAGCGCGACAUCACAGCUCGCGUCGUCGUCAUCGUACUACUCGUACUACUCGGACACAGAGCAGAGCGACGAGUCCGGAUCGGAGUACUUGCAGUUCACCGAGUCCGAGUACUCCGACGAGGGUGAGACGGUGACGGGUGGUUCGUCAUCGUCCAUGCUCGGCUGGCUCAAGCGCAAGUUCCGGCGAUCGCCAAGCUCGUCGUCGGGAGCGGCGUCGCCGACUGCACUCAAGCAGUUUAUUCCGUUCAAGAAGCUUGCGCUGAAGGAAGUGCUUGGACGUGGCAAGUUCGGCGUUGUCCACGCCGCGGAUUGGAAGAAGCACGGGCGUGUGGCGGUCAAGAUCAUCCACGACGGGUCAACGACACCGACGGCGCUGUCGCCGGAUCAGGCCGAGGCGGUCCAUGAGGCGUUUGAGAAGGAGCUGGAUGUGCUUGCGCGAGCGUGCGCGGCGUCAGACCGGGUCUGUGAGCUCAAGGGCUCGUCGGUCACCAAGGAGGGCUUCCCGUGCCUGGUCAUGGAGUUGUACGACGGCGGCUCGCUCCGCAACGUCCUCAACGAGCACCGCGGCAAGCUCCCGCAUGAUCUCUUCCUUUCGUUUGUCAAGGACAUGGCGCGCGGUGUUCGCGACAUGCACCGCAUCAACAUCGUCCUCCGCGACCUCAAGCCCGACAACUGCCUUGUCGACUCCGACUCGCGGGUCUUCCUCUCCGACUUUGGCAUUUCGCGGGUGGUCGAGGAGACUGCCGGCCUUCACACCCGCCAGAUCGGGACGCACAUCUACAUGGCGCCCGAGUCGUUUGCCUCGUCCAAGGUAUCGUCCGAGUGCGACAUCUGGGCGCUCGCCUGCUGCAUCGUCCACCUGUACUCGGGCAAGCGCCCGUGGCACCACGUCCCGCGUACUGCCUUCUACCAGCUCAUCGACACACAGCACCCGCUCAUCCCCAAGUCGAUGCCGGCUCCGCUUCGCAAGCUCCUCCGUAAGUGCUUCCGCCACGAGCCCGAGGCGCGACCGACCGCCGACGAGUGCUAUGCGGUCAUUGCCGAGCUCUGACCAAGUGAAACAUACCUGUAU